CACGCUGCUGGAGGCUGAAGCAGAUGGAGGAAGCCAGGCGUUAGUGAACUGCACUGAGAUCAGCUGAGUUCUACAUUGGUUCCACGACUAAACAACAGCAGGAGGAUUUCUACGCAAUCUGUGACACCAAUAGAGCUAGCUCAUUAUGCUAAUCUCUAUGGCUCUCAUCUUGCUGCUAACCCCCAUUCCCUCUCUUCAAGCUUCUACUGGCGAGGGAAGGAACUUCUCUAAACCGGCGCCUCAUGCUAUUAAUUUCAAAAACCUGAGUCUUAAACCCAAGCCCUCAAAGGUCAGCAAUGCUAGUCAAACCCCAUUUUCAACAGCAAAAUUCCCCGGGAAUGACAAUGCUCAGAAAACAUCCAAAGACAUGCCUCCCUUAAGCUCCACCAUCAGGGUAAUCAUCAGUCAAGGCUGCGUGCAGAAGGACCACCAGAAAGACUUGUUCAACGCAAGCAGAGUCCAUGAGGUGGAGCUAAACAUAAAGCCUGGAUCUCCACUGAUAAUGAAGCACCAGAUCAGCCUAGAGAUCAGCGCAUGCACAGAUGAAUGUGAGGCCCAGAUAGAGACACUAAAGGGACAAGUACAGUUUCUGGAGAAGGAGGUGACAGCUCUGAAGGAGGCGUGUUGUGAACUGGCUGUAGAAACUGCGGCCAUGAAGGUGCCCGAAAUUGACACCACCAGACAAGAAGACAUAAAAACUAUAAAAGCAGACAAGAUGAUCUUUGAAAAGAAAGCGGACCAUGAGAAAGAGUUAAAGAAAUACAAAAAGCCAUCAGCAAAACCAACCACAAACAGUACCGGCAAAGACCACAUUGAUGAAACUAGGAACAACACUCUGCUGAAAGAUGGAAAAGGGCAAGAACAAACAAAAAGAAGCAAAAGUGCAGUCCUGAAAACAAUACCAUACAAACAGAUACAAACGGAUCUCCCAAUCAACCCCUCCACUAAGCAAGAAAUGACAGAGAAACUCAGUACAAAACAAGUAGACCUAAAAGACAUGCUUGUGAACCACAACAUAACCCAGACCAAUGAGAAGAAGACUAACGGAACUUCUAAAGUCUUAUCCAGAUUGGUGAAGAAAGCCAAAGCCUCAACAGAUUAUAAAACAAGCUCUGAAAAAGAGAUCCAUCCUCAAUCCAACUUGACUUCUUCAGCAACAACAAGAGCUGAAAACGACAAGAAGCUGUUGCAGAGGAAUGUAAUUAUUAAAGGAGUAGCAUCUGGACACCAAAAGGUGGAGAAAAAUGGAAAUGGAACAGUUUCCAUUGAAAAAGAAACAAAACAACUCCAGGGUAAUGCCACGCUUCCUAAAGAAGGUCCUUCUAAAAAAAAAAAGAACGUAGAGAAACACAUAAAUGUAACAAGUUUAACUGAAAAAGACCAAAAGCUGCACCAGGUCAACAUGACUCUUCUUGGAUUUGGAGCAUCCAGCAAUAAAAAUAUGGAGAAGCAUGAAAAUAUACAUAAAUCUUCAAGAACAGGCAAAACUCAAUUCCAGGCCAGUGCCAUUCUUCUCAAAGAUGGAUCUUCUGGAAAGAAGAAGGUAUACAGUACUGCCGUAUCACCUGAAAAAAAUAUGAAACUACUCCAAAGUAAUGUGACAACAGUGAUUAAACGUGGAAAGAAUAAUCUGGACAGUCAUGUAAAUGCAACAGCUCCUUCUGUGACGACAACUCACAAAGAAGUAACAUCUUGCAAGAAAAAGGUGGAAAAACAUGUACCUUUUUCCACUGAAAAAGAAAAAAAGACCCAACUUGUCAAUGCCACACAUGUCAAAGAGGAGGCCAAAGAGGAGGCAUCUGGGUCGAAAAAAGUGCAAAUACCCAGAAAUGUAACUUCCACUGAGAAAGACAAAAAGCUUCAGCAAGUUGACAUUACAGCACCUCUUAAAGACACAACAUUUACAAGGAAAAAACAUGUAAAUGUAACUACUCCUGAAAAAGACAAUAAGCUGUAUCAAGUCAUUGUCACACUUCCCAAAGAAGAAGCAUCUGGAAAGAGAAAGGUGGAAAAGCACGUCAAUGUCAUGGUGUCCACUGUAAAAAACAGACCCCGGCCCCUAAACAAUGCCACACUUCCGAAAGAAAGCAAAAAUAAGAUAGAAAGACAUGUAAAUGUAACCAUUCUACCUGACAAGAAGCGGCAGCAGGUCAAUGUGACACUUCUCAAAGAAGAAGCAUCUGAGAGCAAAAAAAUCAACACCAUCACAGUUUCUGAAGAAAAAAAUAAAAAACAAAAAAACAAACAGCAACUACGGAGUGAUGCCACAGCAGGCCUUCAGGAAAAAGCAACAGGGAAAGAAAAGCUAGAGAGCCAAAGAAACACAACCACAUCUAACAAAAAAGACAAGGUGUUACAGCAAGACAGAAAGACGUCAGCUCUAAAAGAAGGUGGAGGUACAAAGAAAAAGGAUUUAAGCUGCACUAAAAAGUACAAGAAUAUCCAUGUCAGUGGGACAACAUCCCUCAACAAAGCAACAUUUGUAAAGAAAAGGGUGGCAGAAAAAGACAAGAAGAUAACUCAGGCAAAUGUCACACUUCUUAAACAAGAUGUAGUUAUACAGAAAAAGGUGGAUGUUGUCACAGUUUCUGAAGAAAAAAGUAAGAAGCAUCUCGCAGGUAGCAGGUUAAACACAUUGAACAUUGAUGCUAAAACCACAAAACUAAAGGACAUCAGUUCUGUUGAGGUUCACAAUGUAACCGCCACUGGAUUCAUGAUCAGUUGGGAAGCCCUACAGGGAGAUUUCAAGAACUUUACAGUAACAAGGAGGGAGGUUUUUACAGGCAAUAAUGAGGAAGUUGCACAGGAAGCUGGGAAAAGCCUGGACAGUAAAGAUAAAGAAGAUACAGAAAACAUCACUAAGAACGAGGCAGGAAUCAACACUUCAAAUAAAACCUCAAAGGUCCACAGUGGACAAGCUGAUAGAAACAUUCUAAACAAAUUCAGUCAGGUUCUCUCGGGCACUGCUCGAUCCUUUCAUUUCACAAACCUUCAGCCCCAGACACGGUACCUAGUGUCUCUGUACAGCUCCAGACCCGGAGGACCACACAAACUUUACCGUCUCUUUGUUUCCACAGGUCCUGAACCCCCUAAAGAACUGGUGUUCAGCAAUAUAACAGAGACCUCCCUGUCAGUGUCAUGGACCAAGCCAAAGAGCAUAGUAACAGGAUUUAGAGUGACAUAUACCAACACUGGCAAUGGAGACAAUGGGUCCAUUUCUGUUGACUCCCAGCUCUCCCACGUUCUCAUUUCUAAACUCUCUGCGGGUUUCUCUUAUGAAAUUAGUGUCAGGUCAAUCCUGGGAACAAUCGAGAGCGAGCCGACUACAGCCUCUGUUACUACAGUGGCUGACCCUCCCACUGAUCUUCAGGCAGUGAACAUUACUGACACUAAGGCUCUUAUAGUAUGGAAGAAAAUCCAAGCUAAAGUGGACCAUUACAUUCUUAGCUACACUUCAGCAAAGUCUCCUAACGUGACGGUGACAGUGAUGCUGUCUGGGAGUUCAGUGGAGCACCAGCUGAGAGGCCUUCACAGAUAUACUCUUUACACAGUAAAGCUCACCAGCCAAAUCAGCAACCACCAGAGCAGGUCCAUCUCCACAACUUUUAAAACAACAAGCGGAGUGAAGCUCCAGGCAGUGAUCCCUACUGAGAUCACCUUCAGUUCGGCUGUGAUUUCAUGGAAGGCUCCACACCUGGCUUUUAGAAGCUACAGGCUGACAUAUCAGCAUGACAGGAACAGUAAGGAAGUGGUUCUAAACCCAACCGUGACCCAGUAUGAGCUGACUGAUCUGGCAGCAUUUUCCAACUACACAGUGAAAGUAGACGGAGAGCGUGAAGGACAAUACAUCAACAUCGUCUCCUCUGCAUUCACAACGGCACAGGUUCCAUUCCCCCACCCAACCGACUGUUCGCAGGUGCAGCUGAAUGGGGUGACAGAGUCUGGAGAAGUGGAGGUUUACCCUAAUGGGAAGGAUGGAGAGCCAGCGUGGGUCUACUGUGAUAUGGAUACUGAUGGAGGAGGCUGGACGGUGUUUCAGAGGAGGGUGGAUGGAUCUACAGAUUUCUUCAGAGGCUGGAAUGAUUACAGUAAAGGCUUCGGGUUUCUGACUGCAGAAUUCUGGCUGGGAAAUGAUAUCCUUCACAGUCUGACCAGCCUGACCCCUGUAACCCUGCGCAUUGACAUGCAAUACGGUAACGACACGGCCUAUGCUCGCUAUUCCAACUUCACUGUGGCAUCUGAGGCUAACCACUACGCCAUCACUCUGUCCGGAUACUCCGGAACUGCAGGGGAUUCUAUGAGGUACCACAAUGGUUGCCCAUUCUCCACUAAGGAUAAGGAUCCUAAUCCCCUCAGUAUUCACUGUGCUAAGGCCUACAUGGGGGGCUGGUGGUACAAAAACUGCUACAAAGCCAACUUGAACGGCCUGUACUCCACCUUCUCCCAGAACCAGGGAGUUGUUUGGAUAGACUGGAAGGGUAAAGACGUCUCCAUCCCCUUCACUGAGAUGAAGCUGCGGCCAGUCUCUCUAAAACGCAUCACACCCCAGGACUGAACCCACACCACAUAUUAACAAUGAACCAACACCACACACCAACAAUCAAACAACAGAAUACACCAGCACAGAACUCACAGCACAGCCCAACAUUACACUAACACUAAACACACACUAUACACCAACACUGAACCAACACCACACACCAACAAUCAAACAACAGAAUACACCAGCACAGAACUCACAGCACAGCCCAACAUUACACUAACACUAAACACACACUAUACACCAACACUGAACCAACACCACACACCAACACUGAACCCACACCACACACCAACAAUCAAACAACAGAAUACACCAGCACAGAACUCACAGCACAGCCCAACAUUACACUAACACUAAACACACACUAUACACCAACACUGAACCAACACCACACACCAACACUGAACCCACACCACACACCAACAAUCAAACAACAGAAUACACCAGCACAGAACUCACAGCACACCCCAACAUUACACUAACACUAAACACACACUAUACACCAACACUGAACCAACACCACACGCCAACACUGAACCCACACCACACACCAACAAUCAAACAACAGAAUACACCAGCACAGAACUCACAGCACACCCCAACAUUACACUAACACUAAACAUACACUAUACACCAACACUGAACCAACACCACACACCAACACUGAACCCACACCACACAUUAACAAUGAACCAACACCACACACCAACAAUCAAACAACAGAAUACACCAGCACAGAACUCACAGCACACCCCAACAUUACACUAACACUAAACACACACUAUACACCAACACUGAACCAACACCACACACCAACACUGAACCCACACCACACAU